UUUCAGUCACACAGUUUGAGGAGAACCUGAAGAGAACUCUGAGAGUUUGUGGAGCGAUAAGUCAUGAUGUCUGAUUCCAGGGUGUCCUCUGUCAUCCAGGAGUGGGUGAGCUCGUACCCGGGUCAGGGCCAAGGCCAGACCCUGAACCCCUCCAACCAGUCCACCAAUCAGAUGUCCCAGAUGGACAUGCUCUCGUACUCUCAGGGGAUGAUCCGGGGCGGCGCCGACGACAGGGUGGCAGAGCAGAUGAUGGGACUGUCGUACCUGCCGUACACGCCGUCCUGCCUCACCAACACCUCCAGCCCGUCCAGCACCAACCACCACCAGAGCAGCACCCAGCAGGACUUCUCUCCCUUCCUGCUGCCCACCCUGAGAGCCCCGGUGACCAAGAGGAGCAUCAGCAAGGACAGUGCAGAGUAUCGCCAGAGACGAGAGAGGAACAACAUCGCGGUGAGGAAGAGCCGGGACAAGGCCCGCCGGAGGAUCAUGCUGACCCAGCAGAGGGCCCUGCAGCUGCAGGAGGAUAACCAGAAGCUGCAGAUGAGGAUAGGACAGCUGACGCAGGAGCUGGACACUCUGAAACACAUCCUGUCACAGCGGCACCUGCAGGGCGCCGAGGAGGGAGCAGCAGGGGAGUCCAGCAUCUGAACACGGCCCAGAACCACAUUCAUAUUUAACAUCCAGCUACAGGCUUCACAGUCAUUAUCGGUGUGUCCAGGCAGGCCUCCAAGACCCAAAGCCAAUCACGUCUUAGUGCUUUUUUAUCACAAUUGGGGAAAUGAGAAAGUGACCUAGAGGUAGUAGAUUUGAAAUUGAUUAUUUUGAGUGGAAUGUAAUGCGAGACAUGGAAGUGGUUCAUCGUAGUUUUAUGUGGGAGGAAACCCGACACACCGGCAGCGUCGUAGCUGCUCCUGAGGUCGUGACCUUCACACUGUGUCAAGGGCUUUUCAGGGUUCACUGCAAACUGGGCUGCACGUGUCCCUCUUCAUUUAAUUUGGUAAUAUCUGUCCAGCUUUACAUUUGCAGAGGUUCAGUUUAAAUCACAAAAGUCCGUCUCCGGUUGUUGAUUAAACCCUUAAAAACUCCUCUCUGUGUAGCAAAGUUAGAUAUUUAGUGUUUAUCCAUCAGAACAGCUGUUGGCCUACAUAGAAGUAAGCAUUUACCUAACAUGUGAAGAUCUUUGUAGUCUGAAUCUUUCUGUGUACACACCCCUGAGCCACUCGCUGCAGAUCGAGUACACCAGCUCACCUUUCACUAAUCAAACAUUGUUAAACCACUUUAUUCUACACAACGGCAAGUUGUAAUGCUGGAGUCAUUCAGCCAUGAAUGUCGACUCAUUCUGAAGAAGAAUAAUGAUACAGAAAGUCCCAAGAUGACAGGAUGUUUGUUUGUAGGACACGCUGGAAGUCUGAAUCCAUAUUUGUGCAGUUUGAGGUUAAAAACACUCUGACUGCUGACGUCACUCAUGAUGUGUAUUUUAGCAUAAAUAUAAUAAAACCUCGUAUGGACAGAUUAA